CAAUCUCUCUCAACAUGUCAGCCACCAAGGCAGUGGGAGCGGCCGCUGUCGCCGCUAUCGGCGGCUGGAUCCUCCUGCGGCCAAAGGCGGUCGUCGCCGCCAAGGAGACCCACCUCUCUCCCCAGACCUCGAGUAAGGUGAUGCGGCGCCACUCUUCGGGCGACCACGCGUUUUUGCCGAAGCAGGACUACGUGGACGCUCUCAAGACUGCCAAGAAAAACCACGGCGUCCAACAGGGCCACAUCCAGGACUCGGAGGGCACCCGACUCCCCACCACGCGGGGCUAUUAGGGCGCGAGCGCCGAGCGCCACCGUGUGCUUGCUGUCGAUCCGUGAGGGAUGUUGUCUGCGACCAGGCGCCGGGGAAGUCAGGGCAGCGGCAGAGGUGGAGUUGUUCAUGAGAGAGAGCGCCGGGAGAGAGCACACGAGAGCAGGAGUCUGCAUCGCGCGCGCAGUGUAGAUACGUUGGUCCACAGCCCCGGCCGCCGCCCGGUCGAAGACGUGUACCGUUGGACUUUGGGCAGUGUUUACCUUUUGUGCGUCGCUGGAAUAGUUGUAUAAGAGCAGAUUGCCAAAGUAU